CUAGAGGGACAUCGAAAAACCAAAACAAUGGCUGAAAUGCUGCUGAUCGCUGGCAUUGGAGUUUUGGGUUUAUGUCUGAUAUUGACGUUUCUGGCAUUGUUGCUAUUGUCGGGCUUGUUUGAGACGAUUGAUGUUAAGACGGGGAAACCCCCGCUCGGAGAGGCUGUCAUUGCUUACAAAUUCUGUCGCGGUCCAUACAAGGAAUGUGGCCCCGUGUUUACUGAAGUCUGCGGACUGACCCCUCAGGGCUACAAAACCAUAGGCAUCUAUUAUGAUGACCCCAGAGUGGUAGAAGCAGAGAAAUUGCGUUAUGUUGUUGGCUCUGUUCUCUCUGAGGAUGGAACUGAAAUUGAUGAAGCUGUUCAGGAACAACUGCUAAAGUUUGGUUAUAAAAUUGCCAAGCUUCCAUCUGUAUCAUAUGCUGUCAAUACCUCCUUUCCAUACAGAAGCGCUCUAUCCAUUCUUAUUGCAGUGUGGAGGGUAUACCCAAGAAUGAAUGAUUAUGUACAGGAGCGUAAGUUAUGUGCUCAUCCCUAUUUAGAGGUGUAUGAUGGAGGCUUCAUCUAUUUCAUUGCCCCUCUGGCUCGGCAGAAUGAAUUCUACGUCCCUGAGGUUCAGGAGGAUGAGGACAGGGCCGAGGACGGAGAUGAUGAAGAUGACAGCUCUGUAGAUGAGAGUGUGUCAGUUUCAAGGGAGACCAGUUACAGCCGCACAGCAAUGGAUGAUGGUAUGCCAAUUUCUGACAGUGAAAGUGAGGCUGAGGAAGAAGGGGAGGUAAUUUGUCAUAGUGAAGAGAUCCUCAUAGGGGAGGAAACUCCACGUAAACUGUUAGAGGAUGAAGGUCGUGAUCAGUGCACACCAGACACUAGUGAGCCCCCCACUCUUCAGGACUCGGGCUUUAGCUCUGAACAAAUGACCACCCCUCAGCUGAGUCCGCUCAAACAAGAAGACGGGGGCAAGGCUUCAGAUGGCAAUGAUUCAGGGUCAUCCUUUGAGGAAAUCUCAAUGGAAAAUGUCCCCCCGACGAUAUCAUAACAAAAACCUAGUGAUCUAGUGCAGUAUUUGUCAUGUGUAAGCCUAUUUAUUAGUGUUAAUGCAUUCUUACAUGAUUUAUCAUUAUGAAAAUCUAUAAAGAAUAAUUGUCUUUCAAUACACACAUUUUGUGACUACUUAAAAUUAAGGUUUAUGAUUAUACCUCUAGAGUAUUAGAUGAAUUUGAAGUAACACGAACUACUAUAAUUUGUACAUCUGUAUACAGUAAAACAUGGUUAUAACAAAGUCCUGGGGACCUGUGAAUUUAUUUUGCUAAAUCAGUAUAGAUCUAAAUGUAUACAGUACAUGUAUAAAUUUGCAUAAAAAAUAUUAAAAGUAUGUAAAUGUAUAGGAUUGAAUAACAAUAUACAUGUUUUCCUUCUUAUGAUUAUCAGAUAUACUCAUGGAAUUAUUAAAUAUUGAGUUAACCUUGGAGAACUAAAUUUUUCUGUGUAAUAAAAUUUUAAAUAUAAAUACAAAACAUAAUGUCAGCUCAAUGUUUCAAAUUUUGAGAACUGAAAAAAGUCAUUAGAAAAGACGGAAAUUUUGUUAUUUUUAACCUUUACAGGAAAAAUUGGACA